AUUAAAAUUACCGGAAGUUGAAGUAAAUACAUCCACCGAAGACACUGAGGAUGAAGAUGAUAAUAAGGAAUCUUCCGACGAUGAUAACUUCGAUGAUGAGGGUUCUUUCAAUAACAACGAAGUUGAUGGAGGGUUCUGUGGUUUUUCUGAUGAUGAUUAUGAAG